CAUUUUAUAUAAUUGUAUUGUAUUCUGAGUUGAUACAACUUAGAACUCAAAACAGAAUACUAAUUUAUAGUUUUCAUUAUAAGUAUAAAUGGAGUAUCAUGCUAAUAAGAAGAAUAUAGAAAUAGAGUCUACCACUAAUUCUCAGAGACCUAAUAGAUGAAAAGCACUACGAAGACGCGUUCACAUGAAAAUUGCAUUGAAGUUUUCUUUUUCUUUUCAAAAUCACUUUCUAUAAACUAAGUUAAGUUUGUCCAGCUAAUCUAUUACCAUUCGGUUAUCAAUGCCAAACAACAGUGAUGGUCUGGAGGAGGAACGUGAAAGGUGGACAGAAAUGGAGAGUGAGUGGAUAUCUUUAACAGAUGAUCUACGAAUGGAUAUUGAUAACCACCGUAGACACGCAGAGGAUCUGGAGAUAAAACUCAGAAAAGAGAAAACGGCUUCGGAGGAGCUAAACGACGCUCUUGGUAGAGCCAUGCUUGGUCACAGUAGAUUCAUUGAGCAGUACACUGAGCUCCAGGAGAAGUAUGAUGAGUUAGUUGAGAGGCAUAACGUGACGUUGGCGGGAAUAGUUGAUGUGAAGAAAGCAGCGGCUAAAGCUGCAGUGAAAGGUCGUCAUGGGAAGAGUUUUGCCAAAGCCUUUUCAGCUGAGCUUACUGCUAUUAGAGCUGAGAAGGAGAAAGAAAGAGAGUUCUUGAAGAAGGAGAACAAGGGACUUAAGAUUCAGCUGAGAGAUACCGCUGAAGCUGUUCAAGCUGCUGGAGAGUUACUGAUCAGACUCAGAGAAACUGAGCAAUAUGUACAAUCCUCUGAGGAACGUUUCAGCUUACUUGAAGAAGAGAAUGCAAAGUUAAAGAUGCAGAUGGAGAAGUUAGAGGGCAAGCACCAGACAGAAAUGAGUACAAUGAAGCAAUAUCUUGCGGAAAGCAAAUUGCCAGGGUCUGCAUUACAGCCAUGGUUCACGGGGAAUGAGGAACAUUUAUCAGAAGACAGAACCGGUUUGGUCAAGGAGAACGAAGAACAAACAUAUAAAAGGAAUAGGCUAUAUAUCAUAUAAAUCAACGGUUUAAAUAACAAUAUAUAAAAUAAA